AUGUCCACCUUCUUAAAAGGUCUCCCUCCCCAAACCCUUCUCUUCCCGCCCUUCAUCUAAGAGCCCCAAAUUUGAAGACCAAAAACAAUGAACCCCUCAAACCUCCUCCCUACCCAGAAUCUAACGAUGGGCUGUCCAGUCCUCGACCGCUGCCUCGGCGGCGGAAUCCCCUGCAACUCCCUCACGGAGCUCGUAGCUGAGAGCAGCUGCGGCAAGACCCAAUUCUGCCUCCAACUCACUCUCUUCGCUCAGCUCCCUCCUUCCCACGGCGGCCUCUCCGCCUCCUCUCUUUACCUCCACACAGAAUUCCCUUUCCCCUUUCGCCGCCUCCGCCACCUCUCCCACUCCUUCCGCUCCUCACACGCGAAUCUUAUCUUCGCCAACCCUUGUGAAGAUGUAUACGUUCACGCUGUACAUGAUGCACACCACCUGCUCGACAUAAUGCCCAAGAUAGAGUGCUUUGUUGCGAGCAGGAAAACCCGGCUGCCUGUGAGGCUAAUUGUGAUUGAUUCCAUUGCCGCACUAUUUCGCAGCGAAUUUGGCAACAACCCUUUGGAUCUUAAGCGGAGGUCCUUCCUGUUCUUCGAGAUUUCCGGGAUGCUGAAGUUGUUGGCGAGAAAGUACAGCUUGGCGGUGGUGGUGACGAACCAGGUGGUUGAUUUUAUGGGGGAAGUAGAGGGGAUAAAUGGGAUGAGAGUUGGGAAUUUGAGCUCCUUGCAUUCAUCCGGAAGACGGGUUUGUCCUGCUUUGGGAUUAGCUUGGUCACAUUGCGUGAAUUCGAGGUUGUUCUUGUCUAGAAAUGAGGAGAUUGUUGGGAGAGAAAAUGAUGGGUUGGAGGAUGAUCCGUGCAGGCAAACAAGAAGGCGACUUGAUGUUGUUUUUGCUCCUCAUUUGCCGCCAUCAUCUUGUGAGUUUGUAAUCACAAAGCAAGGGGUGUUUGGAGUUGACAGAUAACGGAACUGGAACAGGCGGCAUUCCUAGCACAGCUUGAAUCGGAGCAUCAAAAUGUGUUGAUGGUGCUGCUAGUCAAGGGAUUGAGCUGGAAUGAAUGGACAGGGCGGGAAGAGAACAUAAAGGCUCAGACUGUCAGACUGUGACACUGCAACUACCAGCAGAAGUGUAAGAAUGUGUACUAGCAAUUAAUGAUAC